UGCGACGGCUUGAAGCCCAAAUGUUUUUGGUGUAUCACCAAAAAUGCAGAUUGUCAGUAUGUGGAGGAAAGGCCAAAGAAGAGAAAACACGACGCCGAUUAUAUCGUUGGCUUAGAAACUCAAGUUGAGCUGCUGAGAGAGGAGCUUUUCCGAUUAAAGAAUCCUGGCUCCGACCCGAAGACGAAUCUGACUUCAGAUGUGAGCAUUGGAUUUGAUGUUAGCGAUUCGGCCAAUGUCCCAAGUCUUCCACAAGAACUGCCACUUCCCCAGGACGGGUCAACUGCCAUUAGCGAUGUAAGCUCGCUCAUGUGGCGACUGACUAUCGACGACGGCGGUGGUACCACUCUAGUUGGGCCUUCUGGAAACUUUUGCUUUCCAGUCACACAGCAUCAGUCACCUAAUGAUGAUCGGGGGGUCACUAUACCUAAAGAUGCUGCCAUUCAUAGGCAACCUUGGAUAUCGGAACAUGCUACGACGAAGAACAUCCACCAGCUUAUCAAUACCUUUUUCCAAUUCAUCAACCCCGUUCAACAGUUUAUCAGCAACGAUAUGUUUACGGUUAUAGUGGGAGCAUCAUCUCCACCACUUAACUUCCUCAGAUGUGCCGUGUUGGCAGCUGGUGCGCUAUUCUCUGAUGACUCAGAAAGCAAGGCUCUCGGUCUUGAUGCGGCUUCCUAUGUUGAGGCUGAAGCUUUAGGCAUCUCCCGUCAAUAUCUCUGCCCAGAAAUAGUCCAAGGUCUGUCGAUCAUGUGCUGGAGAGAGCUGUGGUUGGAUAAUGGAAAUAUGGUUUGGAUGUAUAAUUCCAUGGCAGCGAGCUUGGCGUUGCACCUUGGACUAACUGUGAGCUCUUUGAAGAACUUAAGUGAGGACUCGGUGGGAGGCAAAAACAACGCCAAGACUCCAGAGUCCAUAUCACUCCGUCUAAGGGCGCUGUGGGCCGCUUUGUUUCUGGAUAGGAUAACAACUUCUCUACUGGGUCGAAAUUGCGUAACGCCAUCGCAUCGUGUUAAAGUUCCAGCCUUCCUCGAGGUUGCAAGAUCGCUACCAAGUCUGGAUGAGAUUGUCUUUGAUCACCACUGCAGGCUAUGGUUCCUGCAUGACCAACACAUGGAACUAAUAUAUUCUUUCGACUUUGACGCGAUCGACGGUACAAAGCGUCUUCAAAUGCUCAUCGAAGCCAGAGAACAACUCUUUUCUUUCUAUCGCUCGCUGGAGGAACCAUUGCAGUUCCACAAAGCCAAGAGUCCACCGACUGUCAUCUUUCUUCACAUGUCAUACAACAUGUCACAAAUGUUGAUACAUCGCCCAUACCUGAAUGAGCCACCACAGAGUAACGCACAUCGCCUGUCCAUCAGGUCAAUAGCCACCGCAGCCUCUGCCAUGGUUCGCCUGAUUCGAGCCUACGAAAAGAUUCAAUCUCUCGACAAAGUCCCACCUUUCGUGGUGCACAGCAUCCAUACGGCCGCCAUCACACUCCUCUUGACUGCGACCUCAACAAGCCCCGCAAUUCGCAGUCAGUCCAUAAACCGUUUCCGGGUGUGCUUACUAGCAUUAGAAGCCAUGAGAAUGAGGUGGCCAAGAGCGAAACAAGCAGUUUUGAGUUUGCAACAGCUCGCUCAACGUUGGCGGAUAGCCAUCGCGUUACCAAUGCGAUCCAGCAACCCUCUA